UAUGCAACCUUUCAAUGAUGGGAAAGCUAAAGAAGAUGUAUGCAACUACAUGUACAAUGCAAUUUUGGAGCUUGUCUAAACAGGGGACCUUAUUAGUAGACCUAGCCUAAAAUUUAAAUCAGGAGUUAUAUAGUAUUCGAUAAUGGAUACGAUAAAGGGUGCGCUUACAUUUUUGCAUAAGACAUGCAAUCGUAAGAAAAGCUUGUUGUCUGCAUCUAGCCAAGAUACAACACUAAAACGAUGUUUAUCGGUAUUUGACUUAACUUUGAUGGGAGUAGGAUCAACACUUGGAUCUGGAAUUUAUAUCUUGACUGGAGAUGUUGCAAGAAAUAAAACUGGUCCUGCAAUUGUUUUAUCAUUUUUUAUUGCUGGAUUUGCCUCUAUUCUUUCAGGCUUAUGUUAUGCUGAGUUUGCAGCAAGAAUACCUAAAGCUGGUUCUGCCUAUGUGUAUUGUUAUGUUACAAUGGGAGAGUUUUGUGCUUUUGUCAUUGGUUGGAAUAUGUUACUUGAAUAUAUUAUUGGCGCUGCUGUUGUAGCAAGAGGCUUAGUUGGUUAUGUAGAUUCUUUAACUGGAGGUUUGAUUAAAAGUGGGACAAUAUCAAUAAUUGGGGAAAUAAAGGUUCCUGGAAUAAGUUCUUAUAUAGACUUUAUUUCAUUUGAAAUAAUAAUUUUAUUUACAAUAUUUAUAUCAUUUGGUAUGAAGAACUCUGCUAGAUUAAAUAAUAUCUGCGUCUCUAUAAAUAUAUUAACUAUUACUUGUGUUAUACUUGUUGGAGCAUUUUAUUCUAAAGGACAUAAUUGGAAAAAUUUUGCACCAUAUGGAGUUCCAGGUAUUAUUGCUGGAGCUUCUACAUGUUUUUUUUCAUUUAUUGGGUUUGAUGUCAUUGCAACUGUAUCAGAAGAGGCAAGGAACCCAGCAAGGGCAAUUCCAAUCAGUAUGAUUGGAACUAUAACCAUUUGCUUCCUUGCUUAUUUUGGUGUGAGUGGAGUUGUUACUUUAAUGGUUGAUUACACAAAGCUAGAUGAAUCAGCUGCAGUUGCUGUUGCUUUCAAACAAGUUGGAUUCAAGGCAAUGGCAUAUAUUAUUGGGGCUGGGGCAACAUUUGGACUUUUAGGCACAACAUUAGUGUCCUUAAUGCCUGUACCUCGUAUGCUUUACUCAAUGUCACAAGAUGGACUAUUGUUUGAAUUUUUUUCGAAAGUUAAUGUUAAAACGCAGGUUCCAGUCUAUUCAACAGUAAUAUCUGGUAUUUUUGUUGCAUUUAUAGCAGCCAUUAUUGAUUUAAAUGAAUUAGUUGAAAUGUUGUCUAUUGGUACGCUGCUUGCAUAUAGUAUUGUUGUGAUAUGUGUUGUUUUAUUGCGCUAUGAAGUUCCAGACAAAAAUGAUGCUGUUAAUGCCUAUACAGAUGAUAAGCAACUUAUUGAAGAAGAAUCUUUUUCACGAUCGUUCAAUCGUUCAAAAUAUGACUUAGGAGUUUCAAAAAAAAAUAUAUCAAUGGUAGUAAAUAUUACUGUCAUUCUUCUUCUGCUAGAGUUAAUAGGAAUUUCCGUUAUCUUGUCAUUCUUUGUUAAGAAAAUUACUGAAAAAAAUAUUGCUGUUAUUGUCAUUUUUUCGUUACUAAGUGUUGCUCUCUUAGUAACAACAGUUAUUUUAUCAAGAAACAAAUCUUGUGAAAACACCUUAAGCUUUCGAGUGCCAUUGGUGCCGUGGAUUCCAGUAUUGGCAUUGUUUUUCAAUAUUUACUUGAUGUCAAUGCUCAGCGUAUUGACAUGGAUCCGUUUUGUUGUAUGGCUAGCAAUAGGUCUGGUUAUUUAUUUUACAUACGGAAUACGUCAUAGUAAAGUUCUCUUGCAACAGAAGAAUUAAAUUUUAAGAGUUUGUCAUGACAACUGUCAAUUGCUGCUGUAAUCUGUUACUGUUAAAUUUCUUUAAAAAAUUAAUAUUCUAAACAUUUAAAACUCGACCUAUUACAGAAACAAAUACGAGCGAAAAACAGUUGUUUGUAUAUAAGAUAAAUUUUUUUAGUAAAGAAAUAAAAGUAUAUUAAAGGCAAAAAACAAAAACAAACACUUGCAACCUUUUUGGUUUACAUCUACUUUUUUUAAGUAAAAACACAGUAGUUACAAAAACACAUAUUAAAAAAAAACUCACAUUUUAUUCACAAAACACUUUUUUAAAUGUUCUAAAUUACUUUCUUUGUGUAACCUGAUAAUUAAAACAGCUUUAAUUUUCUUUUCUCCCGCAAAUAAGUUGAUAGUGACAUUUUACGACGCGUUUUACGCGAUAUGAUUUAAAAAACAAAUUUUGUAAUUUAUUUUUAUAUAUUUUUUAGUAUAAAGCAAAAUAUUUACUAUGUGUUUAUAAAAAAAUGA